CUCUGGAACGCUCAGACGCCGCGCAGGGCGGGGAUUGGCUCGCUCCCUUCCUGUGCGUUCGCUGCCGCGGUUCUUGGGACACCUGCUCGCUGUGCCCGGUGAGGUGCUCAGCUCCCAACUCGAGCUCCGCGGCGCGGGAAGAAAGGCCGUGCGUCCCCGGCCUCCGACGGGAACCGCGCUGAGCGUUCGCAGGGCAAGAUGAGCGCGGACGCGGCGGCCGGGGAGCCCCUGCCCCGGCUCUGCUGCCUGGAGAAGGGUCCGAACGGCUACGGCUUCCACCUGCACGGGGAGAAGGGCAAGGUGGGCCAGUUUAUCCGACUGGUGGAGCCGGGUUCGCCGGCCGAGAAGUCGGGGCUGCUGGCCGGGGACCGAUUGGUGGAGGUGAACGGCGAGAAUGUGGAGAAGGAGACGCAUCAGCAGGUGGUGAGCCGCAUCCGCGCGGCGCUGAACGCCGUGCGCCUGCUGGUGGUCGACCCCGCGACGGACGAGCAUCUCAAGAAGCUGGGCGUCCCGGUCGGGGAGGAGCUGUUGCGCGCCCAGAAGUCCGAACAAGCCGAGCCGCCGGCCGCCGCUGACGCACCGGAGGCUGGAGACCAGAACGAGGCCGAAAAGAGUCACCUGGAGCGGCGUGAGCUCCGGCCUCGGCUCUGCAUCAUGAAGAAAGGUCCCAAUGGCUAUGGCUUCAACCUGCACAGUGACAAGUCUAAGCCAGGCCAGUUCAUCCGAGCAGUGGACCCAGACUCACCAGCAGAGGCCUCUGGACUCCGGGCCCAGGACCGCAUUGUGGAGGUCAAUGGUGUCUGCAUGGAGGGCAAGCAGCAUGGAGACGUGGUGUCCGCCAUCAAGGCUGGAGGGGACGAGGCCAAGCUGCUGGUGGUAGACAAGGAAACAGAUGAGUUCUUCAAGAAGUGCAAAGUGAUCCCAUCCCAGGAACACCUGGAUGGCCCCUUGCCUGAGCCCUUCACCAAUGGAGAGAUACAGAAGGAGAACAGCCGUGAAGCCCUGGUAGAGACAGCUUCAGAGAGCCCCAGGCCAGCCCUGGCAAGAUCUGCCUCCAGCGAUACCAGUGAGGAGCUAAAUUCCCAAGACAGCCCCAAGAGACAGGAGUCCACCGAGCCCUCAUCUACCUCCUCCUCCUCUGACCCCAUCUUGGACUUCAACAUCUCCCUGGCUGUGGCUAAAGAGAGAGCCCACCAGAAGCGCAGUAGCAAGCGGGCCCCGCAGAUGGACUGGAGCAAGAAAAAUGAACUGUUCAGCAACCUCUGAGCACCUGAUCACCCGCUAGCCAGUGCUGGAAGGUGGAGCCACCCACCCAUCCACCUGAUCUAGCUCCCCCUUUCCUCCCAGUUGCCCACCAAUCAACAUUCAAAUCAGCAUCAGCACCCCACUUCACCCCACUUCCUGACAAAUGAUUUUCCUAGGAAUUCUUUUCUUCCCUUACCUUAGGGAAGGGGAAUGUUUCUGUCCUGCCCCCUCACUCCUCCCUGAGGGCUUCCUCCUACCAAGUGUCCCCUCACCAGUCUGCCUAGGACAUCCCUGGGACCCUCACCAAGCAAGGACCUUUGGACCAAGUCCUCCCUCAACUACGUGUGACAACCAAGUCCAGGGCUGACCAGGGACUGACUGUAGCGGCCAUUGCUCAUAAUGGACAGGGUGCCCAAGGUCCUCAGAGCUGUGGUUGGGUUUCUUUGGUCCAUUUGACUUUUUUUUUUUUUUUUUUUUUUAAGAGUGUAGUGUUACAGGAUUUAGAGCUGUUCUUGUUUUCAUGAUUCUUGUGAUUUUCCUGGUUGUUUGUACCCAGAGCAUGGCAAUGGCCUCAUCCUUAAAUUUUUGUUUCUACUCUCACCCUGAGAGAUCUGGGCAGCACGGGAAACCCUGGCUGCCUCUGCCUGUCCUGAGCCGGAUGCCACCACUAUAAGGAAAUGCCUUCAGAAAUUCACUGGUUCCUUUAACCUG